CGCUGAUCCGCGCGCGUGGGUCGGACACAAAGUAGUUUGCCGGCACUGACAGCUUUGCUCUCCGGCCUCUUUCGGCAUGGAUUACCCGCUCGGUGCUUUUGGAGUGUGUGGAUGGCCCCGUUCGAGGUGAGGGGAAGGCUUGGUCCCGGAGCAGAGUGAGGCGCGAGGACAGCGGCUCUUUUCCCCUUGAUCUUCGCCUCUGCAGACUCCUCCUGUGGCACAAUGGGGGCAGGAGCUCUGACCAUCUGUCACAAUAAGACAGCGGUGCAGGUUAAAGAGGACAUGAAAAAGAUGGUGCAGAUGCCCAUACUGCGGCCGAGGGCGGUGGCGGCCAAGCACACCAAGCUGUUCGGCGUGUCCCUGUUUGAGCUGCGGGACCAGGGCCUGGUGCAGGACGGCGUCCCGCUGGUGGUGCGCAGGAUGGUGGAGCAUCUACGCAGCCAUGCCCUGCGUCAGGAGGGCCUCUUCAGGGUGAACGGGAACGUCCGGGCUGUGCAGAGCCUGAAGCUGCGGCUGGAGGGCGGCGAGGACGUGGACCUGCUCUCUGAAUGUGACACCUGCACGGUGGCCAGCCUGCUCAAACAGUAUCUGAGGGACCUUCCCGAGGGCUUGGUGAGCUCCACGGUCCAGCAGCAGCUGAUUCGGCACCACCAGGAGAGUGACAGCGCGCAUGAUGAUGAUGAUGAUGACGAUGACCCUUGGUCAGAUAUGAGACACCUGCUCCAGCAGCUUCCAGACGUUCACCACAGCCUCCUCCGCUACCUCUGCCACUUCCUCACCCUCGUUGAGUGCAACCGAGAGGACAAUCGCAUGACGGCCCUCAACCUGGCUACUGUGUUUGGACCCAGUGUCUUCCAUGUGACUCCGGGUGUGGAAGCCAUGAAAGACCAAAACAUCUGUAACAGUAUCAUGGUGAAGCUCAUCCAGAACUACGAGGACAUCUUUGAGCCGGACCUGGACCAAGAGCGAUGCACAGAGGAACUAUCAACCCUCAUCAUUGUCAAGGAGACACGUGUCACCGACGAGGACACAAACAAGUCGCCCGCUCACCUCCACCCGAGCACACGGACAGCAGCUCCCAGGAUAAGAGUUGGACAGAAAAACCCAGCUGAGGAUUCAGAGCACCCGGACAAAGCCUCUAUUAACACAACCAGAGCCAGAACGAGGACGAAGAAGGUGAGGCGGGACCAAGGCGACGGCGCUCCUCAUCUCGUCUCCCCACCCAUCUCUGCCGGGUCGCCGCGCACUAGGCCGCUCUCCGCUCCCACGGCUUCGCCCUGCGCCGCCGGGCGGAGGAGCCCCAGCCCGGAGGCGAUGGAGGCGAUGGAGACAGCUCCAGCGCCUCACGGUGACCUGCUCGACGCCAGCCCGUGUGGCAGCGCCGAGGCCCUCAGCAGAUCCCAUGAAGAAGAGAGGCCAAUAUCUCCUUUCUACAUGAGUAGUCACCUAUCCCCCGUCCACUGCAGACCGGAUGUGUUAACUUUCCUGGAUCGGACGGUGCGUUCAACGGUGGAGCAGCACCUCUUCGACGGGAACCCCAUAGAGGAUCAGCGCUCCGGGGACUGCGGGUCAGUCCCGUGUCUGCCGUCUCCAAGGGCGACGGUGACGGCUCGACAGAGACGCAGACACCAGAGAGAGCAGCAGGAGCAGGGGCACCAAGACAGGAAAAGGGCCGUGACCAUCAGGACGAGCACCGACAAGGAGAACAUCCCAUCUCACCGCGGGAGCGGCCGGGGCGGCGGCGCCGAGGCGCGCGGAGGCCGGGGCGGUCUCACCGAGCACAGCCCCAAACCCAGGAAAGCGAAGCAGAGCCCGGCGCCGGUGCUGCUCGCUGACAGGCAGGACGCCCACACGCAAGUGUGUUCGCGGGGCUGGCCGUCGUCGUUGAGCGCCCCUCUGCUUUCUCUCAUGGUUGUGCAGACGCUGAGGAUGAAGAUCCAGGAGUCGCCUGUCGCCUGUGACGCGGGGAGAGUCGGCGGCGGCGGCGGCGGGGACGUGCGGGGCUCGGAGCCCGACUGCGAGAAGACGAGCUGCGAGGACGUGCCCCGCCUGGACCUGACGGCGCUGACCGAGGACAGCAGCUGGGGAGAUCCCCCGUUCUUUAGCUCGCCUUACUUUGAUUUCAAAAGCGUUUUCCAUCCGAGUUGUUGCGAUGAACCCGUCCCGGCGUACUCGCAUCAGAGGGAGAGCAUGGACCGCGAGGAGGCGCGCCUGUCGCCUCACGCCGGGGGGCGACUGAUCCGCCAGCUGCUGGAGGAGGACAGCGACCCGAUGGUGUCCCCUCGCUUCUACGCCUACGGACAGUGCCAGCAGUAUGUGGACGACACCGAGGUGCCCCCCUCGCCGCCGAAUGCACACUCGUUCGUCAGUCGCAGGCGGAGUUCGUCUCUUGGCUCCUGCGACGAUGAGAAAGAGGAGCUGACGUCGGCCCAGCUCACUAAGAGGAUUCACGUGCUAAAGAAGAAGAUCCACCGAUAUGAGGAGAAGUUCGAAGAGGAGCGAAAAUACAGACCUUCCCACAGUGAUAAAGUUGCAAACCCAGAGGUGCUCAGAUGGGUAAAUGAACUGGCCAGGCUUCGAAAAGAACUAAAAGAACACAAGCUGCUGAAGUCUGAAGAGGAUCUGCCGCCCCUGACCCGUCAGCGCAGCAACACGCUGCCCAAAAGCUUCGGUUCUCAGCUGGAGAAGAAACCUCAGCAGGAGAAAGUGCCCAAACCACCGGUGGAAAGCACCCUGGAUACAAUCUCUAAGAAGCUGCAGGAAAAGCGGGAGGAGGUGAACCGGCCUGAGGAUAUCAAGGACAUGACACGAGAACAGAUCGGGGCAGAAAAAGUGGCCCUGCAGAAAGCGCUGCUCUACUAUGAGAACAUCCACGGACGACCAGUCACCAAAAGCGAGAGGCAAGUCAUGAAACCGCUGUACGACCGCUACCGCCUCGUCAAGCAGAUCCUCUGCAGAGCCUCCACCAUCCCUGUCAUUGGCUCUCCUUCCAGCAAGCGCAGAGGUCCCCUCCUUCAGCCCAUUAUCGAGGGCGAAACCGCACUCUUCUUCGACGAUAUCAAGGAGGAAGAGGACGGCUCAGAGGACGACGGAGAAUCAAAGACUCAGUUCACCGUGACCGACCGGCCAGACCUCAGCGUGCUUAGCUUUUUGGACCACAUGGAUGAGGAAGUGGAUGGUUUCAUUUCACCAGUGGAUGAACUCUCACCCUCUAAAAACACAAUGGAUAUGGGGCUGUCCAACCUGCACUCUGCCACUAUGCAGGAGCUUGUGGAGCAGCUCCAAGAAACCAGAGAGGAGAAGAAGAGGAUUCGUAAAAACCUAAAAGAGUUUGAGGACCAGUUCUUUAGGCAAAACGGAAGAAAUGUGCAGAAAGAGGACCGCUCUCCUUUGGCAGUGGAAUACAAUGAAUACAAGCAUGUUAAAGCUAAGUUGCGGCUGUUGGAAGUCCUCAUAAGCAAAAGAGACUCAACUAAGUUCAUCUAAGUAAAGAAUAAAACACUGUAAGGAAUGGACUGAUACUUAAUCUCUCUAGAGAUCCAGUCAAACACAUCUCACCCUGCAGGACAAACGUUGUGAUUUUCCUUCUUGUUGCCAUCUGUGCUGCUCAUGUUUCUGAAUUGUGGAACAGCCUGUUAAUCCGCUCCGUCGUGCACAGCAGGGUUUUCCUCCGACACACAUGAUUUGGAGCAACUUGGAGUCACCUGCUUCACCUGAGAAGUAAAUGUUCCAGGAAAACCGUCAUGAGAGUCACUUUCUCAAAAGUCAAGAUUCAAAAUACGCACAAAUAACCUGAAUCACUCUUGUAUUGUUAAUAAUUUAUUUCUAGCUUCUGAAAGGUUUUUACCAGAAAAGUUAUUUUCUAAUAUUCUACUGUAGAAGUCUUAAACAAACCAGAUGAGUAAAUUAAUAGAUAUAUAAUUAUUUUUAAAGAAGGACUUUACAAUCAAGAUUUGUGUAUUUUUGUAAGGGAUGUGUUACUUUGCUUCAAUCAGCUCAAAAGUAUUUACGUAACAGUUAGCUUUCUCUAUUUCAGUCUUUUCCUCCUAAAAUGCCUGAAAUGAUCUGCUAUUGCUUCUCUAGAAGUUAAAUCGAGUAUUUGCUCACUUAAAGUGUCUUCGAAUUGUAAAAUGACCCAAAGACUGACUGAGUGUACAAACUGCGAACCAAAAUGGCUCCAAUGCUCAUGACAUUUAAUAAACCGCUUAUUUUUAGUGAUCACUGGUACUUACGUUUGAGUGUACAUUUUAUGCAUGUUAUGUUUCGUUCCCCGUAUAACUUAUGUCAAAUAAGCUAUUUCUUGCCUUGGAAUCACUGCUAUGUUUGUGCUCACACUGGCAAAUGCUGACAAGGCCGUUUGCGAGCCGAUUCUGGGGGGGGCGAUUUGGCGAAUAAAAGCCACUGCUUUCCCAGCGGGCUGUUUCCUUUUUGUCCUCUCCAGAACUGUUGUUCUUUUGUAAAUAUGGAUCACCAUGUAUGUUUACAUUUCUGUGAGCAAGUACUAUUUCCUUUCUUUCUCCAAAAUGGAUGAUUAUCAGUGUGUAUUUCGUUUUUAUUGAAUGUAAACACUGGCAAAGCUUAAUGAAUAUUGAGUGUGUACAUUUUAGUACAUAAAUUGUAUUUGUAUUUUGUAUAUAAUACGAAUGAAAUCAUAUUUUUACUGA